AUGAAGUUCCUCAUUCAGACGAUCGGAGCUAGCGCAAUGCUGGCUUCAACAGUUUACUGUCUCCCCCAAGAUACUACUACUCCAGUUGCAACAACCACAGCAUCUGUGCUCCCCAGCUGCACCCCACUCCAGCAAGCCGUGCAAGCCACCAACCCCUUCCCCGCCUGCCCGCAGCCAUCCGCAUUCACGAUCACAGACUUCCAGAUGCGCAACAACAGCGUCUCGCUGCGCGUGACCUACACCUCCAGCGUCAACCUGAUCUGCCCGAACCGCGCGCACUCCUACUACGAGUCCGUCGACGCGCGCGGCGUCCACUCCCUGACGUGCGACAUCGACGGCCUGGCGCGCGUCAGCACCGACGGGUACAGCUGGCUGACCGUCAGCCAGAACCAGUUCUGCGCGGCCCUGACGGGCUGCCGCGGUGGGACGUCGACGAGCUCGCGCGGGCCGAGCACUGUCGCUAUCCAGGGGACGCUGACCACGCUAGCGGAUGAGGUUUCCUGCGUCGUGGAAGCUAACGGCACGCGGACGUGCACGCAGCUGCGGCCCGCGAUCGAGGUGCCGGUGACGGGCUUCUCGGAGGGGCCGUGGAUUCUGGGGUACAGCGCCAUGGCGCUGGAUGGCACCCCGCUGCCUCAGUGCACGACGAGACGGCCACCGUGGGUUACGAACACGGCGAAUUGCGAUGCGGCUCUUCCGGCUGCGACGGGGGUGUGA